AAGCUGGAAGCAGAGUUUUUUUUUUUAUUCUUAUUAUAAAAAAAAUAGCUGCAGUGUCUCAGAUCAGAUCAGAGAACAAGACGAAGAAACAAGGAAACAACGCAAUUCAAUUUCCCCCUUUCCAAUCUAAAAUCCUCUUUCUCAAACCCACCUAGUCCCAAAGUUGAGUGGUAAAAGGUGCAACAAUGCUAAAAGGCAGAUUCUCGUUAUUCGGGGCUUCUUCUAACUCAAUCAACACCAACACCAAGAAUUAUUCAUCAUUAUCGAAGGGUGAAGAACUGCGUCCAAAACUGAAUCUCGAAACGGAUAGGCAAGUAUAUAGGCCUGGUGAUCCAGUCGUUGUGACCAUUCAGAUCUCAAACCCGUCCAAUGAGUACUCUUUUCUCAUGGAAAGGCUCGGUUUUGAGAUCAAAGGGAUUGAGAAAUUGGACACUCAGUGGUUCGCUACACCGAAGCCUCUUCCUGGUUCUAAGCAAAGGAGAGGUGAAAAUGUGUUUUUGGAUGCCUCAACACCAGUCUUAGUGGCAAAUCAGAUUGUUAAUUUUGGAAGAAGCAAAUCAUAUGUUGUACGAAUGCUGCUGCCUGACACUAUUCCUCCGUCGUACAAGGGUUCAAAUAUUCGUUAUUUGUACUAUGUUAGAACUGCAUUAAUGGGAGGGUGGCUAGUGCUUGAAAACGGGCAGUCUCGUCCAGAGACCACAAAUGAUGUUAAUGAUUUGGAAGUACGUGUUCCAUUACAAAUAUGGAUAAACCAGAAAAUCAAUGGCUUUCAAUCUGAUGAAGAUAUUGUUCCUCCAACUAUUAUCCAACCGGAUUUAUUUUGGAAAGAGGUGGAUGCAGAUGCUGAUUGGGUUAGAGCAAAUGAUUAUUAUGAUGCUGCUGAGGAGGACUAUGACAGCUCAAGGGAUGAUGUGUCCUCUGUUUCUUCUUUUAAUUAUAACCCCACUAAAGAAAAUCUUUACAGAGGGUUUGGAAGUUCAUUAUCAUUACGAUCUUCUUCUGCAAGAUCAUUGAACAGAGAAUCUUUUGCUCUAGAAGGUCAUCGAACAAGUUUAUCUUCAAAUAUAGCACUUCCUCGACUUUCUGUUGCUGAGGUGUUAUCUGAUCCUGGUGCCGAUGUCUUAUCAAACCAGAAAUCACUUGCUAUUGCCUCACCAAGUGAGCAACAGAAGUACAGGAAACCAUUUUCUGCAGAUGAUGAUGCUGGAGUAUCCACGUCACCAGAAGCGGGAGCGAAUGAGUCUUUAGCAUCAGAAGGCUUCACUAGAGGAAGGUCUUAUAACAUCAAACUGGAUGAUCAAGUUUUGCUUAAAUUUUCACCAAAAAAUUCUGAUGCAACUUAUUACUUCAGUGAUAUGAUAGGUGGGACUCUUACUUUCUUUCAUGAAGAAGGAGCUAGGAGAUGCCUUGAGAUCUCAGUAACAUUGGAAACUUCAGAAACUAUAAGUAGGCGAUUUAUUCACCCUUCUAGGAGGAAUUCCCCGACAAUAACCAAGAUUCAGAGCGACCAUCAUGAGGUUGUUGCAGAUUUGGUGCAGACAAGCUUCUUGUUUUCUAUUCCAAUGGAUGGUCCAAUGUCCUUCUCCACUUCCCAUGUAUCUGUGCAAUGGGUUCUUCGUUUUGAGUUCUUCACAACUCCAAAGAACGUGGAUUGGAGAAGAUAUGAGCAUCCACUUCUGAUUGAGGGAAGGGAUAAAACUGAAUGGAUUCUUCCAAUUACUGUGCAUGCUCCACCGAGUAGAGCUCUUCAUUCCGGCACAAGAAAUGAUAAGCAUUUUUCAUUGGAUCCUUCAUGGGGGCACAAUUGACAAAAGCAACAAAGAAGGAAGCUGAAACGUGUGCAGCCUUACCAUCUUUGUCUUUAAGUAUCAUUCCAAGCUUUAUCUUUUUCUUGUACAAAAUUUUUACAGGAGCCAAAGUUGGCACAAUUUGGCAUCAUUGGUUAACUCUGAAAUUGCCAGAUUCUUUCAGCAUAGUAUUUCUGCUUUCUUUGACCUCCUCCUUUCUUUCUUAUCUUACUGGUAAAGGAUGAUAAAUUCCAGUUGUGAUAAAAAUAACGAUUUGUUGCUUAGCGUGGUAAAUUGUAUUGAUGAUCAAUUCCAGAUGUGAUAAAAAUAAUUGAUUUGUUGCUUAGCU